ACAACUGGCAGCUCUUUGUCCUCUGCGGGUUUGGCUGGUUUGCCGACAAGUGAGUCUCUCUGGGUUGUUGCGCCGAGUUCUCAUAACUGACUCGUUCCCAUGUAGUCUCUGGAUGCAAGGCGUCUCCCUCACCCUCCCGUCCCUCUCGGCCGAGUUCGGCAUUUCGGAGAAGUCGGUGCGCUACACCACCUCGUCGCUGUUCAUCGGCCUGUGUCUGGGGAGCUUCUUCUGGGGCAUCGGCUCCGACAUCAUGGGCCGCCGCAUCGCCUUCAACCUAACGCUGCUGAUCACAAGCGUGUUUGGUACCGCCGCUGCAUGGGCGUCCAGCUGGGGCGGCGUCUGCCUCAUGUACGCCGCCCUGGGCUUCGGCGUGGGCGGCAACCUGCCUGUAGACGGCGCUCUUUUUCUCGAGUUCCUCCCGGACGCCUCGAGUUCGCUGCUAACCCUGCUGUCCGUCUGGUGGCCGGUCGGGCAGCUGUGCUCAUCCCUCUUUGCCUGGUACUUCAUCGCCCGCUGGCCGGCAGAUGAAGGGUGGCGGAACUUCGUCUUGACCAUCGGCAUUAUCACCUUCGCCAUGUUCCUCGUCCGCUUCUUUCUCUUCCAGAUGUUUGAAUCGCCGAAAUACCUGCUCUCGCGAGGCCGGCAGGCCGAGGCAGUCGCGGUUGUGCAGGGCAUAGCAUUCAAGAACGGCCGGAGAACGUGGCUGACGGAAGAAGUUCUGGAUGCUGUUGUUGACGACGCAAGCCCUCGCGCUCGGAGUCGGCUAUCGACCACGAAUAUCAUCAAGAACAGGCUCGCCUCCUUUUCCGCCGAACGCAUCCGGCCGCUCUUCAGCAACCCCAAGCUCGGCCUCACCACAUCCCUCAUCUGGUUUUGCUGGGCAACCAUCGGGAUGGGCUACCCGCUCUUCAACGCCUUCCUCCCCCAGUACCUCUCGCACGGCGGCGACAGCGGGGCUGUUCUCGCGUCCGAGAUGACGGGCGAGACAUAUCGCAACUACGCCAUCACCAGCGUCGUCGGCGUGCCCGGCAGCCUGCUCGCCGCGUACUCGGUCGACAUGAAGUCGCCGUUCCUGGGGCGGCGCGGCACGCUGGCCAUCUCGACGCUCGUGUCGGCCAUCUUUUUAUUCCUGUUUGUCCAGCUGGGCACGUCGCCGUCGUCGCAGCUGUUGUUUUCCUGCGUGGAGGCGUUCGCCCAGAACAUCAUGUACGGCGUCCUGUAUGCUUUUACGCCGGAGAUCUUCCCUGCUCCGGUCCGCGGCGCGGGCACGGGAGUCGCGAGCUUCCUGAACCGGGCCACCGGCUUGCUGGCGCCCAUCAUUGCCGCGACGGUGCCGGGCGACGGGACGACGACGCCGGUCUAUCUGUCGGCGGCGCUCAUUCUUGCGGCGUUUGUGGGGAUAUGCAUGGUUCCCAUCGAGACGAGGGGCAGGCAGCGGUUGUAGAAUGGGAGCAGCAACCUAGAUAUUAGAGUAGCAUUUUCACGGGCGUUAGAACAUGUUCUCCGGGCUUGGUCCAAUAUGCCGCAAUAAAAUCAUCACUGUCUAAAUUUGCUUUGUUACCGUCUAAAUUUUCUACGUUAGC